CCAGAUACUAGGCUAGAUUGUUAAUUUUCGAGUGAUCAUUUUCGAUUUCUGAAAUCCUGCAAAAAGGAACUUCAAGAAAAGAAGAAAAACUCGAAAAAAAGAUAAAAACUUUGACCAUUAUCUCGUGACGUCAUUCAUUGUAUUACGUCACAAAAUAAGACAUUCUUCGCAAACAAUUGAAAGAUGAUGCUGGGAAAUUUAGCUCAGGCACAACAGGAACUGAUAACCGGUCUAGGUGCUGGGUUGGGGCGAACUGGGGCCUCAACCAUGAAACUAGAGGCCGUUAUGGAAAACCUACAGCGCCAGCACGAACAACGAAUGCGCGAUCAGCAACAUCUCAAAUCACCAGGUUCUGAUGACGUCACAAAGGUUGAUGACGUAAAUCAUGACGACAAUGGUAAUGAAGACUCAGAAGAUAGAAAUGGAGUAUCAAAUUUAGGUAUCUUCGCAACCCAGAGACCGGCGCUAUCUUCGCCGUGUUCAGGAUCCCCAAAAGCCGGCAGUUUGGUUGGAAGUCACCGAGGUGAAAACAGUGAAAACGGAGAUAUGACACCAGAUAGACACCACCACGACCACAGACAUGAUGAUGACGAUGACAGUGAAAUAAAUUAUGUGAUGAAUUCACCUCGUGAGAAUCGUGAAAUUGACUCCUUCUCACGAAGAAGAAGUGAAUCUAAUUCACCAAGAUCGGAUAAAUCACUUGGCAUGAAAGGACCAGGGAACGCAGCGGCCGUGGCCGUUGCUCAACAGGCAGCUCUAGCAGCGGCCUUUGCAGCAAGCGCAAACAGUAGAGAUGGAUCCCCAACCUCCAGUGCGGGAGUCAGCAUGGCACAAUUCUUUCCUGGAGCUAUGGCAGCCGCUGCUGGACAUUCGUCUCUUGCAAACAUGCAAUCUGCAGCUGUGGCAAAUACACUUGCACAACAGUUUGGACAAUUCCCACCCGGAAUGGGGUUCGACCCCGCACAACUAGCUCAGCUACCCCAAGGUGUCAGAGAGUUUGCAAUUCUUCAACAACAGCAAAUGGCAGCUCAACAAAUGGCAGAGGCUCACAAAAGAAUUCAAGAACAACACGCCAUGUCCGUGCAACACCAUAACUCUCUCAGUAUGCCUCUGAUUGGAAGCAAUGGCCCAGGACAUACGUCAUCAGCGUCAUCGACUACGUCAUCACCAACAAACACACAGCAACAUGGCGACAGAAGAGGAAGUCAACAGGAAUGGACAUUUGAAGAACAAUUCAAACAACUUUACGAAAUCGACGAUGAUCCCGUUCGAAAGCAAUUCCUGGACGAGUUAUUCACUUUCAUGCAAAAACGAGGUACCCCAGUCAAUCGUAUUCCUAUCAUGGCAAAGCAAGUUCUCGACUUGUACCAGCUAUAUCGACUUGUCGUGGAAAAGGGGGGACUGGUUGAAGUUAUCAACAAGAAAAUUUGGAGAGAAAUCACUAAAGGACUCAACCUACCUUCGUCUAUCACUAGUGCUGCUUUCACAUUGAGAACACAAUACAUGAAAUAUUUGUAUCCAUUCGAAUGCGAGAAAGAAAAGCUCUCACAACCGAGCGAACUUCAGGCCGCAAUAGAAGGAAACAGGAGAGAAGGAAGAAGACCUAGCUACAGCUCACACAUGUUCUCUUACUCCCCAAGUGCAGCAACUGGAUUGACACCACCAAAGCUACCUUACCAUUCACAUAACGGACUUUCACAAUUUCCAAAAUAUGGAGUUGUUCCCGGACAAUGCGACCUACCCACCUCACCCACACAACAAUUGGUCGCCCAACAACAACAACUGAUCCAGGCCGCCAAUGCUCAACACGUUGCUGCUAUGGCAGCCUUAGAAGCAAUUCAGCAUCAAGCUAAGGCUAGGGCCGCACACGCAGCACAGCAAGCCGCACACCACGCUGCUCAACAAGCUGCACAGCAUCAUCUAGCGGUCAAGCACGAACGUAAUCUCGACACCGAUGACUCUGACAUGGAGCCGCCACAGAAGAGAAAAGCUUCAUCUGACGACAUGGCCAGACGGCACCAAAUCACAGAGCAAGAUAGAGAGGAUUCUCACCAUCAUCAACCUCACGCAGAGAGUUCACAAUCUCGCGAUCACAACUCUGAAUCUGUCAGCAAUAUGAAGAUUUUAAUGUCACAUAAAGGUUCAACACAGAGCGACGCAUCCAUGACCGUAGAAACCCUUGCAGAUAGCAACUGUAUAAACAUGAGCAUUGAUGUGAACGGAGUGAAAUAUCAGGGAGUACUUUUCGCUCGCGGAUCAGCAUCAAGUCCACCACCUGUCAAUCACAUUGCUACCAGUGAAGCAAGACAAAACCACUCGCCUCACUCAUUAUAAUUGUUUCGUCACAAUACUACAAUUCGUGACGUCAGAAUCUACAUCUUCAAAUAAAUAAUAUUGCACCAAAAAGGAAAAACGUCGCGCCAAAAACUAUAAAUUGUAUGUACGUCAUAGCGGAUGACGUCACAAAUUCUUAUUACGUCACGAGCAAUGAGAUACAAGAGAGAAUUUUGUAAACUCUGAUGUGUAUUUUCUUCAAGCGAGCUGUACUUUUGCUACGAAUUUAUUCUUUAUUUUCAAAUUCUGUUUUUAUUGAUUAUUUUGUUUUCAUGUGCACUGCCGAAAAGCUGCCAUAAAGCCAUUUCGAAAAUGCCAUUACUUUGUGAUUCAGAGCAAUAAAAACCAGCGAAAUAUCUGGUCAGGUCAAAUCAUCAACAUUUUUGCACUACGAGCUUUCCAACUGCCAUUUGCAAACCAAUUUUCCGCGUUUCUUACCAAUCUUAAAUAAAUACUCAAAUAAUUUGAUUUCCAAAACCAAAUUCCGAAAUUAAAAAUCAUUACAUAUAUGUUGAUCCGCCAAUCCGAAUUGAUAAGUAAACUACGCGCCACCAAAAUGCCGAAUUGUUAGAACUAUUAUGACAUCAUUAAUAAUGACGUCCAUUAAUAAUAAUUUGCCACAUUAUCUAAAAACAUAAACGAGUGUUAUUUUUAUACCUCAAUUUCUUUAUUUUUAAUUUUAUCUUUCAUUUAGUAUGAUUACGUCAUUACAUGCGUCAUCGGCGACGUUACAACUGGCUCGAUAUUACAGCAACUUGCCAUAUUUUAUUAGAGGAUUUCAAUAGAAAAUAAGUGUUGGGGGUGAUUUUUUUCAUUUUUAACACUUCGCUCCAAACAAGGUUCGGGACAAGCAGCCAAAUUUGGGGGUUCUGACCCAAAAAUGAACUUUUUCUUUGAUCGACUGCAAUAUGUUCGUGAAUUUUGUGUUUUUUCGUCAACAGUUUGCUUGCACUCUUUUAUUUUUUGCUUCAAAAUAACUGUUUUGGCAAAUUUAUACUGUAAAAAAUUAAAGUAACCUUUUUUGUUACGUUUUUGUGUUAUUUUAUCUCGGUUUGAAAUUGAAAACUGUUUCCUCAAUUUAAUUUUUGGGGAGGAUACGGUUCAUUGAUUUCAAACGAAUAUGCUACCUUUUACAUUACCUAUUUGUUUUUUAUGGGCGGAUGUGUUACUACUGCCAACCGUUUUCUUGAUGAUGACGUCACAGUAUGACGUCAUUUAUUAUAUUUUGAAAUAUGCUAUUAUCAUUUCUGCCUGCUCGUUACCGAGCCAUCAAUAAAAACUGCCCGAAUAGAAAA